AAGCAGCUGCUGGUCGGGCCAAUUCGACGAUGCCGUGGUGCGGAGAAGAGGCGGUUUUCUCGAAGUUUGUUCGGAGAAAAGUGUCCGCGACGGUGCUCAAGUCGCGCGUUGCGCGCGUGAAGUCAGAGCCGCGAUGCCGCCGACAGUGAGCGGGGUCCGAACCGUGUGAAAAAAAAGGUGUGCUGCGGCCGGCGACCGGUGGUCGCGUGUGUGACUCAUAACCGCCGACGCCGCGUCCCAUGUGAGGAACAACCGCUGGUGGAUGUUUUCAUGGCGAGAGUCUCCGAGUUCCUCAUCAGCCGCGGGACCGGCGUGACUGGUGCCAUGUUGUGGUUCAUGACAGGCGUCGUGCUCGCCGUAGCUACAUUGCCAGCAGCGACUGCGAAGAAGCCGGUUAUCGUGGAGGGACCCCGGAACCGGACAGUCUUGCUGGGCUCCAGCGUCACGUUGCCCUGUCUCGUGGAGCCGUCGCCUUCGUCGAGCGGGGGCACCGCGGGGGCCACGAGCGUGCUGUGGUUGCAGGACGGGCGUAGCCUCGCCAGCCAGGGUAGCUCACCGUGGCGGCAGCUGGACACCGGCGCCCUGCUCCUGCACCGGGUGGACGUGGCCGACGCCGGGUCGUACCGCUGCAGCGCCAGGAACGCCCACGGCGUCGCCUACUCCGAGACUGCGCAGCUCGUCGUUCACGUGCCGGCCAAACUUGAAGGGCCCCCUCGGACUACGCUCAAUGCAUCAGCGGGCACUACACUGGUUUUACGAUGCGACGCCGAGGGCGACCCACCCCCUGUGAUAACUUGGUGGAAAGACGGAAAGAGGGUGUCCACGGUCGAGUCGUCGGGAACGUCGGAGUCCCAGCUGAGCGUCAAUGCGACCGGCAGCGCAUCGUACGUGUGCCGCGCGACUAACGUCGUCGGGGAGAACCGCACCGAAGUGAGCGAGGCCCGUGAGUUCGUCGUCCAGGUCGAAGGAUCCCAGCCGCCAGCGUCCAGCACCACCGAGGCAGCCGUCGAACCGAGCAGCAGCGACGACUCCUCGGUCAUGGUUCAGGCCCAGCAGUCGCGGCCCGACGACGAGGACGAGGCCUCUUCGGCGACCGGGUCGUCGGCCGCGGAGGACGUGCCGCAGGGCUUCUGCUCGCCGUACACGGGAUCGGCGUGCCGGCGCUUCCUGGGCACGGGCCUGGUCUACUACAACAUCAGCCAGGACGCGUCGCCCGUCGUUCUCAACGAGCAGCUCACGCAGCAGCUCUGGGACGAGCUCAUCUCGUCGCUGCUCGAGCCGUGCCGCUCGGCCGCCGAGGUGAUGAUCUGCCACUACGCCUUCCCGCAGUGCGAGUGGCGCGCCCGGCUCGCCAUCGCCAAGCCGCUCUGCCGCGAGGACUGCAUCGCAGUUCGCGAGCUCUUCUGCUACAACGAGUGGGCCAUGAUCGAGGACAACAAGCAGCGCGGCAUUUUCUUCAAGUCGCGCGGCCACUUCCGGUUGCCCGACUGCGACCUGCUACCCAGUUACAAGGACAACGGCCUGUGCUCGCAUGCACAUCUCACGGACUUCCAGGAAGACGAGGUCACCGUGAACUGCAUCAAAGGCCGUGGUCGCUUCUACCAAGGAAGUGUCAACGUGACCAAGUCUGGCAUUCCGUGUCAGCGAUGGGAUGUGCAGGAGCCCCAUCAUCACAACAGACCUCCAAUGGUAUUCCCUGAAGUGCUCAACUCUGAGAACUACUGCCGAAAUGCCGGUGGUGAAGAGCCCAUGCCCUGGUGUUAUACAACAGACCCCAGGAAACGAUGGGAGCACUGUUCCAUACCCCAGUGCGAGAACACAACCCUCGGCGACGUGUCGGGCCGCGACAUCCUGGACCUGUUCGAGCCGCCCGGAGAGCCGUCGUUCGCGCCGGCGCUGGUUCUCCUCGUGUCCGCCGUGAGCUUGGCGGCGCUGGUGCUGCUGCUGUCGCUGGCGCUGGGCUGCCGCCGCCUGCGGCGCUACGGCGGGGCCCGCUCCCGUAGCGGCGGUUACAACGCAACGCCGACGGCCGACGUGGAGAUCGAUCUGGACAAGCUGCCCUCGAAUGCCUCCUACCACCACACCGCUGCCAGGCUCCACCCCCGCCUGGAGAAGCUCGAGUACCCGCGAAACGACAUCAUCUACCUGAGAGACAUUGGGCAGGGGGCUUUCGGACGCGUCUUCCAGGCCAAGGCCCCCGGCCUCAUCAAAGGUGAUGACUUCACCACGGUGGCGGUCAAGAUGCUGAAGGAGGAAGCAUCCGAGGACCUCCAGAGCGACUUUGAGCGCGAGGCCUGUCUCAUGGCGGAGUUCGACCAUCCCAAUAUUGUCAAGCUGCUGGGCGUCUGCGCCGUGGGGAGUCCCAUGUGCCUGCUCUUCGAGUACAUGGGCAAGGGAGACCUGAACGAGUACCUCAGGUCCUGCUCUCCCUCCAACUACAUCGUGCGCAACCCGUCGGGCGGCUGCGGCGACAUGUUCAGCGACGUCCGGCUCAGCCACCUGGAGCUCGUCUCGAUCGCGCGCCAGGUCGCGGCCGGCAUGGUAUACCUGUCCGAGCGCAAGUUCGUGCACCGGGACCUGGCCACGCGUAACUGCCUCAUCAGCGACGACAUGGUCGUCAAGAUCGCGGACUUCGGCCUCUCGCAGAAGAUGUACGCGGCCGACUACUACCGCGGAAGCGAGCACGACGCCAUUCCGAUACGCUGGAUGCCACUAGAGGCCAUACUUUACAACAAGUUCACUGUCGAGUCGGAUGUGUGGGCGUUUGGCGUGGUGCUUUGGGAGAUCUUCUCGUUCGCGCUACAGCCCUACUACGGCAUGACGCACGAGGAAGUGGUGGCAUUCGUCAAGGAGGGAAACUGCCUCGGCUGCCCAGAAGGCGCGCCGGCGCCGGCCUACGCGCUGAUGAGAGCGUGCUGGAGUCGCAAGCCAUCGGGCCGGCCCAGCUUCAAGACGAUCCACAGGGCACUUGGGACACUGCAUAACGAGCUAGUCAAGCACAGGGACAAAGAGAACAUGGUCCACGUAUGAGGACAGGGACUCUAAAUCUUCUACAUGUAUUGUGACACCAGUGACUUCAGAAGUCAUGUGCUCUCGACCAUGGGGCCGCUUGUACGGACGUCUCAGCAGUACGGCCUUCUAGGUCAGCACCACGAGGACUUGUUGGUGAUCCGACAACCACGGCUUUUGGUGUGCCGCCGUUUAUGUUCGCAACUUUGUAAAGAUCAACGUCGAGAUUGCGAGUGUUGGAGUUAGCGAGGCGAAUUUGUCGGUCAUCGGGCCUGACCGUUCAUUUCUUUCACGCCAGCAUUUUCUUUUUUCGCCCGCCGCUUUAAAAAGCAGAAUCGUCGUUCCGGUUUUACAGCUCAUACAGUUGAAUCAUGUACAGUCGGCGUCGCCCUUGUGUUGAGUGCGGGAACGGUGGCCUCCGGGGCGCUCCGGGGGCAGCUAGCGACGUCUAACGCGAGUUGCUGAGCCCGAAGUGUAACGGUAGCUACUGGGCACAUUUGCGCCUAGCAACUACCGCUAGACGUCGCUGGCUGCCUGCAGAGCACCCCGGAUGCCGACUUUCCCUCGCAAUGCACAAAGGUCGCGCCGACUGUACUGUGCAUUUUGCGUGAUUUGACCUUUGGGCAUCCGCAUCAUUCCAAGAAAUAAUUUGAUUCACGGUGCCAAAAUUUCAAUCAGCAAUGCCCGGCAUGUGACUUGUGAGGUACACAGCAACAGUAUUGCCUCUCUGCUAAUCUUACAUUCAGUAUAAACGCUUUGGACACAAGUGAAAAAAACAUUGUAGCCCAUCAAUCAUGAUAAUUUAUUGUGAAUUUGAUCUAAGAGGGCAGGCAUAUGCACCUUGGUCUACAAGUCAUUCACUGUAGGUGUUGCACAUUCCCAAAGACACUAACAACUGACCGAAACACCAGUAAAUUAGGGUGCAAAUGAAAAGAUCUCUUCUUUUACUGAUGUGUUUCAGGUAAACAAGAAAGUUUAAAUCUUGCAUCGACCACAAAAGCACUGUAAAACACUUUGUGUGGGACUGUCAUAAGUUGCACAUAUACACCAUGUGAUCACAUGCUUUAUAGAUUCCUUACAUAAAGUUGUAUGCACUUCUGUUUUCCACACAAAGGUAUUUUAAAUUUUCCUCUUCCCACGUGCAAGGCUUGAAUUAUUUUUUUCACUUCGUUGAACCUUCGCACGAAAAUUAGCACCAAGAAUACUGUUACUCUCAAUGACUAGUAUAUUUAUUGUACAAUGACACACAGGCAAGAUUUUUUGACUAAAGAAUUUCAUUGAAAAUUUUUCACUACACUUGAAUUGGAGUCAUUACUAGGCUAGCGUAUUCUGGAAAUUAUGUUAUAUCUGUUCUUUGCAAGAUCCUAAAAUUUCAACUGCCAGUUCUUGCAAAAUGUCCACACUGUUUGGAUAUGCAUUAUUUAAAUAAGCACAACAGUGUUAGUAAGUUACAGAACUUGGCCUGGCAGCUUAGUUUGUCAUGUUUAUGAUAUUCAAAUUUCCCAGUUUAUAUUUAUUGCAGUAAGCUGGUGUGUGCGUCUCAGAAAUUGACACACAGCACCUGGGACCCAGUUCCCUGUGACACCCAGUUCCCUGUGACACCAGGUUAGAAUAGCACAAGACACACUGUAAUAUGUAUAAUUCAUGGUGUUUACAAUUUGUGGAAUCUUCUGGGUCAUCUCUGAAAGCACAAAAAAGACGAUUUUGUGUACUGAAUGCAAGCUGGUCUGUCAUUUUUCAGCACACACUGUCACUUGUAUGUACAAGACACCGCUGCAGUAUGAUCUCACUUAGUGUUUUCUAUUCUGUUACACAAAUAUCACCUUGUCUGCAAUAACAAGCACUAGCUCUAGGCGGGACAGUCAGGUCGACAAGGGACAGGUCUUUUUUCUUAUUGUCCCACACAAGGAUGAACCAACUAGCCCCAAAGCAUAUUCUAUUAAAAUAUUACCUUUGUGAAAUUGCACUGUAUGUUGUCAAUCGACCAGACUCUUUCGAAGUGAGGAAGUAUUAAGAUAGCAGGUGCACUUGGUGUCCUAUCUAAAGGUGUCAUACUGGAAUUCUACCCUUGCCUUCUACCCUUGCCUUCUACCCUUGCCUUUUCUGUUCACUUUUUUUGGGAGGGGGAGCAGCUGUGCCCCACAUGCAGGCAAUAUUUGUACUUCAAGCAAGUCAUACCUCGUGGUGUCUAAGACUCGUUUGUGACUCGAAAAAAUGUCAUUCUGGUGAUGCCAUCAGAAAAUAGUUUUCCUUAAACGUUUUCCUACUCAGUCUUCUCACUGCUACCUAAUUAUAGGCACCAAUUGCUGAAAGUCCUUUUGUGCACUUGGUACCAAACUAAAUGCAAUAAUAUUAGUUUACAUGCUUGCUUACAUUAAGCUUUACAUUGCAAGCAACAGGAGUUUUAUGCUCAUCUGUAGCUUAAUGACAGGGAUGUGAGGGUGUACACUCCAAUAGAAAGUUUUUGCCAUUUCCCAAGGCAUGCUGUGCUUUGCCAGAAAAAGAACAUUUGCAAGGCUGGGCACUCUUUUCAUUCAAUUUUAUCCAUUUGCUUGUACAGACAAGUCGCUGACUACAAGCGCAAUUGAAAACAUUCCAACACAUCAGCCUGCACUACUGUGGGCUUGCUGUACUCGGAUAGAGCAGGGACCAAGUGCCUGAUCCCAUCUAUCAAUACUAAACUCUGUUGUCCUCUGAAGAUUGUAACAAGGGCUUCCGAAAUGGGGCUUUUUACACAGUGACCAUUUUAGUGUAGCCGAAUGUCGUUUUUAUCUCUUUUUUUUUACGUCAACGAAGACCCUUAGCUUCUGGGACGUGUACAUGCUUUUAAAUCGUCUUGGGAAGACACCAUUUAUAUUUUAUAUGUACUAUUAUUGUUUUUGUUAUUGCUUAGAAAACUUUAUCUUCAUGUAUUUUACAUGUUUUUUCUUUUGCUCAUGCCUUUUACUCAUGAGUUGCAUCUUUGCGACGUUUACGCAAAAAAAAAAAUAUGAGGUGUGAUGGUAACUGGCUAUUUUAUAGCAUUUCAGUGGAACUUGUCUAGACAACCUUUUCAAGAAUGGCAGGAGUGAUUGAGGUUUUCUUUUAUAUGAAGGCAAGAAGCGUGGACUGAGCUAUUGGUCAACAAAGCCUUACCAAAUCAUCUGUUGGAGCAUUUAGAAGCUUGUGUAUAUAAUGUAUGCAGAGGUUUUUGCAGUGAACUUGUGUGAAAUGCUUGUUAUUGAACUACUUGCGAAAUGAGGUUCUCAAGCACUUCCAAUUUAUGAGAAGAAGUCUCAAAACUAGCAGGACAUGAGUUAAGUACUGUUGACUGUGCUCAGUAAAUUAUGAUUUUUUGAAGAUGGAGCCCAGGCCAUCCCAGCCUGUUUGUAACAAACACAAGAAAAUGUUGUGUCACAUUUUUUUUCGCACAUUAAAGUUCGGUGUGCUUAAGUGCUAAAAGUUGCGCAUUGUACAGGCUCACUAGAUGAGCAUAAUAAUUUUUCCAGGUACUAAACAUUUAUUCUAUUUCUGCAAGCUGAACCAGUUCUGCAAGCACUCUUCGUUGCAAAUUCUUAGGUGCUGCUCAAUAUCUGUGUCCAAUAUACUCUUUCCUAGUCAUUCCAUGCUACAAUGCUGGAGUACUACUGUUAGUGUCUCAGCUUGUUAUAUGGCAUUAUGUUUAAUCAAAACAGCAAUCUUUAAUUCACUGACAACACGAUUUCCUAAAGCCUGCCAUUCGUUUCCGUCAUUUUCUCUUACAUUUAAUUGCAGUCUAAACACCCAGCAGUUAUUCUCACAUUGUCAAUGUAACCUGCAGAUUUCCACAUCCAACAGAGUCAAACUUUUGAUGAAAAAAAACAAGUUUUGUAUACCCUGCACUGCAAUCGUUAGAAUGUGUUAACUAUAUAGGUCUAAAUAAUCUUAUCUUCGUCAAUGUUAGAAACAUCAGAGCUAGAGUAAGCAGGACUAAAAGCUCAUUAUGUUGACCUUUUUUAUUUGCAUAUUUAGUCUUUCAAAGUGUUUGAGUUAUUUUGGUACUGGCCAGAAAACGUAUGUGUGUGACACUUGGACAAUUGCAAACAAGCUUCUUUGUGCUGUUGGUUUUCUGGGUAGGCAAUUAUUCCACAAAUGUGCACGUCGACCACGUCUGCGUUUUAUACAUUUGUCUACGCAACUGCACUUGCCGUAGGGUGGCAUUUUCAGGUCUGUUGUUGAUCACGUUAUAUGCCGCCUUCGACAGAGCCGUUCUCUGUGUGAGUGCUGUGCUUCUUCGGAGGAGUGCGAGCUCCGUAGGCGCCUUGCUGUUGUGUACAUGAGGUGCUGUAUGGUGGCACUGGACACAUCAAAUAAGCAACUCUUUCACAUGUGUGUACAGGAAAGUCACAGGCACCGCUCGUGGCAGCAUAUUGUUUCUUCUUAUCUCGUCACUUGCAUGUAUGUCUGGAUGUACAGUUUGGGAAGUGGGGAACACGUUGUGGCAUUUGUACAUAAAAGCACCAUGGUACUUCUAA